AUGACGGAAGCUCCGAAGGACAAGCCCUCAACGGCCGAGGGCGUGGAUGCCGCGGAUUCGCACACCAAUGGGCCCCCAAACGACUCCGCUCAGCCUUCUGAUACGCUCGCGCCCGUCUCGAGUCGCUCGCCUCCGACGUCGCCACCACUCUCCCCCCCCCUUCUCGAGAAGCGGAGGUCCUCGGGAGCGGAAGACUACUACUCCUCUCGACCCAAGUUCGACAGACUGGGCAAUCCGAUACCGCAACGACGCCAGCCCGGAGCCAUGUCGGCCGUGUACGGCUCUGCAAACAUCCAGCUUCCCGGCGAUCUUGGCUCAAAAGAUCCCCGCCGUCCAAAGUCCCCCAUGCCGGCCGCAUUGCCCGGCGAUCUGGGUCCGAACGACCCUCGCCGCCCACGGAGCUCCCAAGGUAGCCCAGCUCCCUCUACCCGUUCCAGAGCUCUAAGCGAGGAACUGGAUGAUUUACCGGAAGGCGCCAGGCUGCUCAAAGAUCCCAAGGAGCUGCUGAAACCUCUUCGCCGAGAGAGCCAGGAGAGUGUCAAUUCCGAGAACGACUUUGACACCGACGGAGAAGAGACUCAGCGGGGCAGGGGCCGCAAGAGGCCCGAGCCCGGAAGGACCACGUCCGGGAAGUCCAUCAACGUUCGCGAAGAAAGCGAGGAUUCCGUGCGAGAGCCCAGAUCCUGGCCCGGCGGCGCAAAGCCCGAUCCGACUAAAGGCGAAAGCAAGGCUUCCGUCCUGGGCACGCCGGAAGUGAGAAUCACACACGCACCGACCAAGAAACCCGUCCAUCCCAGCACGGCUUUCGAUCUGCCCGCCUCGGGAAUUUCGACACCACUGACAUCCGACGAUGAGUCCCACUCGGAGAUGCGAGCUGCCCAGCAGCUGUCGCUGACCAUGUCCAACAUCCACAGCACGCCGAGUGCGCAUCGGGUGAUCAGGCAGAUCGUUCGUGGCGACUACGCGCAUUUCCAACGUGAAGCGGAAGAGGGUAGGCGACGACAGCGGAUGUAUCUGGUUGCCACGGACAUAUCACCCGAGUCCGAGCACGCCCUCGAGUGGACAAUUGGCACGGUUCUCCGCGACGGAGACACGCUAUUUGCCGUGUAUGCGGCAGACGAAGAAACGGCGGGAACGAGCGGGGAGGGUGCCGUGGAAGUCGGCCACGGCGCAGACAUGGUCAAAGAUACGGCUGCCAUUGUCAAGGGUUUACCGAUGCCGAAUGUUCCCAAUUCACCCGGCCCGUCACCACUCGCUCGCGGCAGCAUCAUAGUAAACGAGCGCAGUCGGAGCCGCGGAGUAUACAGUUCCGCCGAGUCGGAGCGAAGGCGAGCCCUAGAGGACAUUACGGCUUGCUGCAUUCGACUUCUGCGGAAAACCCGGCUGCAAGUGCGAGUUGUUGUGGAAGUGUUCCAUUGCAAAUCACCACGACACAUCAUCACCGAGGUGAUUGAUUUCCUGUCUCCCACCCUCGUCAUCAUCGGAAGCCGAGGACAGAGCGCGGUCAAAGGAGUGCUCCUGGGAAGCUUCUCCAACUAUCUCGUCACGAAGAGUAGCGUGCCGGUGAUGGUUGCACGCAAGAAACUACGAAAGCACUCCAAGAGCCGCAGAAACCGAGACGGGACCACUGUGCCGUACAGCGGCAUGUCCGGAAGACCCAGCAGAUUCAGCAAUGUGAUUGAGGUGCCGAAAGGAAAAGGCUUGCGGGUGAAAGACUGGAGUGCUGUUGGAAUCGAUUGA